UCGACGACUUAUCCCUUCCAUACACGCUCCUCCGGAGUCGAAAAUUGUACGGGAGAUAUUGUUCCGUCGUAGAUUUAUUUCGACUUCGCUUUCGCUAGCAACACUACGCUUACGGGCUAUGAUGGAUUUCUAGAUAGUGGUGAAAGUUACAUCCUUUCAGACUUGUACUCAAUUAUCUGAUGCGAUACGAAGAAAUACCUCUACAAUGGUUCCAGCUGAGCUCAUGGAUGUGAUCUUGGACUAUUUGCGUGACGAUCCUUCGACUUUGAAGACUUGUAGUCUCGUCUCCAAAUACUGGCUCCAGUCGAGCCGUCGUCAUUAUUUCCGUGCUGUUGUGACGGCAUUAAACCAAUACAAAUUUGUCGAACUUUGCGCCAAUACCAAUGCCUUCAUUCCACAGACUUUACAUGACGUCUACCUCGUACUGGAACCCCAGCUAGAGACAGAGGCAUUCUCGCGAACCCUCCCCGUCCUACAGAAUACAACUUCCCUAUACGUCAAGUUUGCCAAAUGGGAGCCCAGCCUAUCCACCUUAUCGGCCAAGUUUCCCGGUAUCACGAAUCUCCGCCUGGACAAAAUUAUCUUCGACUCCCUCUCCCACGCACUCGACUUCAUCACAUCUUUCCCCCUUCUCCAAUCACUUUCGAUUCACGAUACGUCUUGGCCAGAUCCUCACGAGGAUAUACGCCCUCCACCUAUCAGCCUAACCUAUUUGACAUUGUCUGACUGCUGUCAGCGGGACAUCUUCGACCGGCUGUGUUCCCUCGAACCUAUCCCAUUGAUACCGCACAUCGACCUCGGCUAUUCCGUGCGACCUGCAGACACCCGGUCCAUCGGCACGUACCUCUCCCAUCUCGGGGAGGCACUACAGACGCUCACCUUUGGAUUCUGGUCAUUCGACGCUGGAGGCGACGCAGAAGACUUUUACCUCUCAGCAGACUUAGGUUUGAAUGCCAGCUUGCGCCGUCUGAGGGUCGAUUAUUUUAUUAGUAACAUGGAGGUGUCGCAGGUGACGAGUGCUGGGCCAUGGAUCGUAAAGAUGCUGCACCGACUAAACCCCGCAGCGCUAGAGAACGUCGAUCUGGGGAUAUCGCCUUGGUCGGGAGAUGAGUUGGACACCGAGGAUGAUUCCAUCGACUGGGUGGACCUGGAUCAACUUUUCUCAGGGCGGCUGUCAGGAGCACGUCUGAGGUUUCUGGUAUACGGCUACGCCGUUUUUGAGCAGAUAUGCGAAGGAUUGAAGGACAGACUGGCGACAUGUAGCCAGCGAGGCAACCUGUUGAUUGAGAGAUGCCGACAACCAAUUUCACGUUUACAUAUAUCGCACAGAUAAUAUUCGGACGAUGUUGAAUGUCCGCAGGACGUAGGGCUACAAAAUACAAUG